UCAUCUCCAUGCCUCCCAACCCCGCCCGCGCCCGACCUUGAGAGGCCGUAUAUAAGGACCAUCCCCACGGUGCCCCGGCAGACAGCUCCUCUUCGGUGGGUCAACAUGAACGCUCUGAUUGUGCUCUCCGUGGUGGCUCUGGCCGCUUGCGGCAAUGCCCAGUACUUUGGGUACCCCGGCCUCUUCUAUAACUACCCUGGACUCUACUCCGGCGCCUACCCGGCAGCAGUCACCCUCAAGGCGGCCCCAGAGACAGUCACACUCAAGACCGUGGCUCCUACUCCUCUGACCUACAACUUCGCCGCCAUCGCACCCGUGGCUCCCAUCCAGUCCCAGUUCCACGCCCAGGACGAGAUCGGCCAGUACUCCUUCGGUUACGCCGGCGGCCCCUCUUCACGCUCUGAGUCUCGCGACGCCUUCGGUAUCGUCCGUGGCUCCUACAACUACGUGGACUCUGAGGGAAAGGUUCAGACUCAGCACUACGUGGCUGACGCCCUCGGCUUCCGUGUGUCCGGCACCAACCUUCCCGUGGCUCCCGACGCCCCCGAGGCCGCCCCCCUGGCCCUUCCCGGCCCCGUCCCCGAGGUGGUCGAGGACACCCCUGAGGUAGCCGCCGCUAAGGCCGCCCACCAGCAGGCCUUCGACGAAGCCGCCGCCGCCGCCGCUGCCGCUCCUGAUUCCCGCAAGAAGCGCUCCGUCGUCAGUGCUUUCACUCCCUACACCGGCGUCUACUCUCCUCUUCGUUUCUCUUACGGCUUCUCCGCACCUGCCUUCCCCUCGGUGUACUCUGGUGCCGCUCUCCCAGCCUUCUCCACCUACGCCGCUCACCCUGCCGCCGUCACCUACGCUGCCGCAGCCCCUGCCGCCGUCACCUACACAGCCGCAGCCCCUGCCGCCGUUAAGGAUGCUGAGCUGCUCCGCAUCGUCCACAACCCCGGCCACGGCACCUCCUACCGCGUGCAGUAAGCCCCGCGAUAGAGAAGAGACAACCAGAUGAUGCUUUGGGUGUGUAGAGCGCAGCGGAUUAAACGCUAAGUCUAGCUAUUUAAAUGUCAUUCCAAAGAAUUGCUACGUCAAGAAGAUUUUGCCGCUGUGUUGACUCACCCAAACCAUGUCACGUGAUGUACAUAUCGGGUGACCGAGUUCAUGUUGCCACCAUGAGGUGAUAUUUCUGUUCAGUUAUCUUUUUUUUGUCAUAUUAAAUGACUUUCAUACGAA